AUGCGGGCCCGGCUCACCACCCAGGCUUGUGAAGCAUGCAGGCGACGCAAGGUCAAAUGCGACGCAGUACCACCGCAAUGCUCAAACUGCCGAGCGCUGGGUUUGGAUUGCGAGUACAGCACCCGGAGAAAGAAACGAGGCCCAAAGCCAAGGACGCGCUCUGGACUCGGACCUGGCGACGUAUCCAGUAGUGAAGCCAUCACCUCACCUGUUCCACGAUCCCCCGGCAUCACGAGUGAGGUGGUAAGGGCGGAUCUGCUGGAUCGAGAUUUGGCCUUCUCGCCGUCAUCCCAUCGCUCUCAAGAUUUCAGAAACACUCCCCAGUCCUCAAUUGGAUUCUCUCCUCUUACGGACCAGGAAUCAAUAUGCUCUCCAAGGGCUUUGGAGCCGGAUCACAGGCCCAUUCAAAUCCAUCAAGCGCUCUGCGCAGCAUUCGAGGCUAUGUGCCUCCCGUUAGAGAAAACUGUUUACGAAUCUCUCGACAAUUUCAUGCUCUCGCACUUCCCGUCCUUACCAAUGAUCCACCCAUAUGCUCUGAAAAAGAAUGUUCGACUGCUAUUACCAUCCUCUCGACAUUUGUUUGAACAUACUGCCACAAAUACGGAGUCUGUUGCUGAGACCGCGCGACGAGGGGCUGAUAUGCGCGCGUUUGCCCUCCUAACAGCCGUUUGUGCCAUAGCCAGCUGCCGAUCCCGUCGGAUCUCGACAGAUCUCCCCAUGGAUGCUACAUUAGCACCGUUCCUUUCUGCAUCUCGCCAUAUGCUGGCUUGCUUCGAGGAUUGGGACAUCGCUCAUGCCGACUCGAGCUCACUGUUCAUACGAAGCUGCCAUUCAGGAGCUCUCCAUCACCUUGGACAGACCCGCCAGUCGUGGUACAUCUUGGGUGAUGCACUGCGGCUAGCGAUAGAUAUGCGGUUGUACGAUGAAUCCUCCUAUCACAACCUGUCGCCUCUGGAGACGAAGCUCCGGAAAAACAUUUUUAUAUCGCUGUCCAUGAGCGCCAAGUCGGCUUCGGUUUUGAAUAAUAGGCCCACUAUUUUUCACGAAAUAUGCUUGAACGAGUCUGUUACUACUCCGACUCUACUCGAGGACGAAUUCAGCCUGUUGGACCCUGGUGACAGUCGUUAUGAUCAGCCGUACGAGAAACAACUGCAUGUGGGGUUCUAUCUAUCCUACAGACUGUGGACCAUGGCGACCGACAUUCUCCUGGAUAUGAAAACACUGUCGCGCCUCUACAAGAGAUCUGGCUGUGAUGUCCCACCUCAAGACCCUGUUCAGAUGGGAAUUAUGCAUUCGUACAUGGAUUUCUGCGGCAUUCUUGAUACGCUCCCGCCCUGGCUUCGUGGUCCAGACUGCCACGCUGCUGGGAAUGAGGCGGCCACUGACUAUCAAAGGCGAACGUUCUGGCAUCAGCGGGCGAACAUAGUCAUAACAUUUCACUGUCUCCGGCUUAUUUUGCUUCGGCGAGCCAUGGAGAAAGGUUUUUGUAUGCUUCUCGGACUGACCAGCAACCCGGAUAUGCUGGCUUUGCGGAAGAUUGAAAUCGCCAGUGACUUGGCCGCCGCAGCCGCAAGCACGCCCUUCGAAGCCUUGCAUGCAAACGGAGAGCCGUUGGUCGAGAAACUCCGGCAAGUCGGUGUCAGCCUCCUCGAAAUUGUGCACCAGAAUGUGAAUGACGCGGUUUCGUCUCGCGCCCAAUCUCUCCUGUCCACCCUCAUCGACAUUAUAGCGAGACUCGACUCCCGAGUGUCCGACGAGUUGAGCGGACAACCUCAAUUUGAUUCGCAUUGA